UCGAUUGGGCUGAGGUGUGAAGGUACUGGGUCGCGUCUGUGGGCUGAAGAGCUGUAGGGCGUCCGAGCAUGGCAAAGUUCCAUCAAUGAAUUUGUGAUUUGGGUGAAUUUGGUCACUGAAGCUGUGGUUCGAACUCAGCCCUUUCAAGUUUGAAUAACUGAAUUAAGAUUCUUCAUUCGGGAAAGAUAGCGAAGCUUUUGUUAGAUUCAGUCCAGAAGCAUCAUCCCCACCGGGUACUUGAAGAACACUUCAUUUCUCUGUUACGAUCAUGUAAGACAGCGGCGCUGCUUCAGAAAGUUCAAGCCCGGAUAAUCACCCACGGUUUCCAACACAAUGAAUAUGUAGCUCCCAAUCUGGUAUCUGCAUGGGCUGGUCUGAAGCGAAUGGAUUAUGCCCGCCAUCUGUUCGAUCAUUUUCCUGACCCAAAACUAGCCCUUUGGAAUGCAACUUUCAGAGGGUAUGUCCGUAACGAGUUUUACAGGGAAGUGAUUUUCUUGUCUGGGAAAAUGAAGAGCAUGGACGUGAGACCCAACUGCUUCACCUUCCCUCUUGUCCUCAAAUCAUGUGCAAAGAUCAGUGCGUUUGUCGAAGGUGAACAGAUACAUUGUGAGGUGAUUAAGGGAGGGUUUGAAGGGAACCAAUUCGUGGCAACUACGCUGAUCGAUGUGUACUCUGUCGGGAGGGCGAUUGGGUCUGCAUACAAGGUGUUUGUUGGAAUGCUUGAGAGAAAUGUAGUUGCUUGGACUUCCAUGAUUAGUGGCUACAUUUUGUGUAAUGAUGUGGUGUUUGCUCGCCGACUUUUCGACUUGGCACCAGAACGGGAUGUCGUGCUUUGGAACAUCAUGGUUUCUGGUUAUAUUGAAAUAGGGGAUAUGGCGGCUGCAAGAAAGCUGUUCGAUGCAAUGCCAUACCGAGAUGUGAUGUCUUGGAAUACAAUGUUGAAUGGGUAUGCAAAUAAUGGAGACAUUGAGGCUUGUGAGCAGCUGUUUGAAGAAAUGCCUGAGCGGAAUGUUUUCUCCUGGAAUGGAUUGAUUGGGGCAUAUGCUCAUAAGGGGUGUUUCUUUGAAGUAUUGGGUUGUUUCAAACGAAUGCUAAUCGAUGGCCUUGUUGUUCCCAAUGAUGCCACCCUCGUCACUGUGCUGUCCGCUUGUGCAAGAUUAGGGGCUCUUGACUUGGGGAAGUGGGUGCAUGUAUAUGCUGCAACAAUCGGGUUUAAGGGAAGUAUUUAUGUUGGAAAUGCAUUAAUAGACAUGUAUUCAAAAUGCGGUGUAAUCGAGAAUGCAAUGGAGGUUUUUGGAAGCAUGGAUUCAAAAGACGUUAUCACUUGGAACUCUGUAAUUUGUGGCUUGGCAACUCAUGGAUGUGGGGCGGAUGCAUUGAAUUUGUUUCACCAGAUGAAGAUGACUGGCGAGAAGCCUGAUGGAAUCACGUUCAUUGGAGUGCUGUGCUCCUGCACCCAUCUUGGGUUAGUUGAAGAAGGCAUCUCAUAUUUCAACUCAAUGGUCCACGACUACUCAAUUGUGCCUCAGAUUGAGCAUUAUGGUUGUAUGGUUGAUCUAUUUGGGCGAGCUGGACUUUUGGACCGAGCGAUCGAGUUCGUGAAGAGGAUGCCGAUGGAAGCAGAUGCUGUCAUCUGGGCUGCUCUUCUAGGUGCAUGCAGGAUUCACAAAAACAUCGAUCUGGGUGAGUUAGCUCUUCAGAAACUCAUUCAGCUUGAACCCAAGAACCCUGCAAACUAUGUGAUGCUAUCAAAUAUUUACGGAGAUGUUGGGAGAUGGAAAGACGUUGCCCGGUUGAAGAUAUUAAUGAGGGACACCGGGUCCAAAAAAUUGCCUGGAUGUAGCUUGAUAGAGGUGAAUGAUAGCGUAGUUGAGUUUUAUUCCUUGGAUGAGAGGCAUUCUCAGAGCGAGGAAAUCUAUGGUGUCUUAAAGGGAUUGAUGAAAUUGUUAAGAUCAUUUGGGUAUGAACCAAAUAUUAUGGAACUCCUGCAGGGAUGAUGAGAACCAAAGUGCGAAACUAAUCUUAUUUACAUGGAAUGGAUUGAUGAACUUAGAGACA